CAGAACCUGCAUAAUGCAGCACCACCAGUUCCUCAAAAAUCUGUGCUCCUUGGUGGCCAUCAGUAGCCUGUUUGGCGUGGUUCUGACCGCUGUAACGUGCAAUAAUUGCCAGGAUAACAAUGUAAAGUGCGUGAACGAGACACACUUCAGCUUCUGCUCGAGUGGAGUGUCACCAGAUCUGGUAAUUGGAUGUCCCGAUGGCCAGGUUUGCACCGCUUUGGGCCAGAUUUGCAUGCCAGUGGGAGCUCCUCCUGCCUGUACGGAAGUGAACUGUCCCACCUGCGAUGGAUCCUCACCGUUCGUCUGCACCAGCAGGACCACCUUCCAGACCUGCAAUGGCUAUGAGCUGGGCGACCAAAUAAUUAAGUGCAAGGAUAACACAUUCUGUUCCAUUAACUCGGGUAAAUACUGCGUUGAUCGCUGUGAAGCCUUAAAAUUGGAGCCCACCUUUGAGUGCGACAGAGAGGCUACUUGAGAAGGAUGAAGUUUGAAGUCCAUCUCAUAAAAUUUAAAAAUACUGUUUAACCAUAAACUUCACAAUAAAUAAGUAGGCAUUUCAGUCAGCCUUAACUAAA